AUGCACGCAGAAGCCCCCAAUUCUUCAAACGUUAUUUCGUCGAUCCGCCAAACGGGAGUAGCGGUCCUCCAGUUGAACCGUCCGCUUAAACGAAAUGCACUCUCCCAGGCUAUGAUAGACGAAUUGACAGGGGCACUUCGCCGACUAGACCAGGAUCAAGCAGUCCGAACUGUUGUACUCACGAGUGUUGAGGAGUCCCCCUUCUGCGCUGGAGCUGAUCUGAAUGAAUUGGCCCAAAUAUCCACCGCCGAGGCCUUUCGAACCGGUUGGUUGAAAGACGUGGAACUUGCAUUCUCAGCGUUCCGGAAGCCGGUUAUCGCAGCGGUUCGUGGACUUGCGUUUGGCGGAGGCUUUGAGAUUGCGUUAAUGUGUGAUAUGAUUUUCGCCACUUCAGAUGCUCGAUUCGGUUUUCCGGAGAUCAAAUUGGGUACUAUUCCCGGGGCUGGAGGUACGCAGCGUUUGACCAAGACCUUGGGGAAGCACAAGACCAUGGAGCUUGUUUUAACCGGCUCGCAAACGACGGCGACGGAAAUGGAGCGCUUCGGGAUCGUGAACAAAGUUUGUCCGGGUGAAGAUGUCGUGGAAGAGGCCUUGAAGGUGGCAGAAACCGUUGCGUCGUUUUCUGCACCUGCAGUUGGGCUCGCGAAGCAGGCUGUCCAAGCGGCUGAAGCCACAACAUUGAAUGCGGGGUUGGAGAUUGAGAAGGCCCUGUAUUACAGCAGUUUCUCGCUUGAGGAUUGUAAGGAGGGUAUUGCAGCUUUCCUGCAGAAGCGCACGCCCAACUUCCAACACCGGUGA